AUGAAAGUGCUCUCACCAGACUCAGAGGCGCGUGCCCGCGAACACGUUCGCCAGGAGCGUGAGCAUGCCAAGGAGCUCACAAGCCUCUGCAAGGCUGUGGACACCGACUGCUCAGGGAAGCUGACACAAGAGCAGUUCGAUGAGGGCUUGAGAAAGCAGCACAUCCCAAAGUUACUCAGUAUGAUGGGGCUGAAGAAACACCACAUCGUGGAAUUUUUCGAAUCGUUGGCGCUGGCAUCUAACGACGGCGGACAGGUUGAUAUCAGUACUUUUGUGAACGGGUGCAUGUUGCUUAAGGGGGCCAGCACCAAUUUUGACCUGCAGAAGAUGCACGCAGAGAUCCAAGUUGCUCACGCGACGAUCAUCCAGUUGCUACAGGACAGUUCUAUUCCAGGCAGGCAGACGCAUGCCCAGAGAGGCAGCCAUAGCGAGUCUGUACCCCAGCCGUCUAUGAAUCAGGGGUCGUCCAGGGGGUUGGAGUCCGCCUUGGCGGUGGACUUGUGCCGCAAGUGA